GUGAAGCAGAACAAAAGCAAAAAAAAAAUCUAGAAGAAGGAAGAAGAAGAGUGAGUCAGAGUGGAGCUGCAAUGGCGGAUUCUCACUCUCUCAACAACAAUCAGCUCUCGAGACACACUUCUAUUUUCAAUUUGCGUUUAUGGGUCGUUCUCGGCGUUUGCGUUGGAGCCGCGAUCGUUCUUUUACUCGUUCUCAUCUCUCUCUGGUUCGUUUACAGACGAAGCAACAAGAAGAACAAGUCAUCUCUCGAGCCUUCUUCUUCUUCUUCUUCUUCUUCUAAGUCUAAUCACACGAUUGUUCCCGUUGUCUCCAAGGAGAUUCGGGUUGACCCGUCUCGACCUCCUGUUCAACCGGACCCAACGCCGGAGACACACCAAUCUGUGGCUAAACAGAGAGAGGAAGAUACCAAAGUUCACAUCGAAAUUGGGAAAGAUCAUCGGAUUUCGUAUGCGGAACGAGGCGGUUGGACUGGUUCCGGGUCGGGUGAUCAGGGUUUAAUUAUGUCGGCGGGUCCUGAGGUUUCUCAUUUAGGUUGGGGACAUUGGUAUACGUUGAGGGAGCUUGAGGUUUCUACUAAUGGAUUCGCUGACGAGAAUGUGAUCGGACAAGGAGGGUAUGGGAUUGUGUAUAGAGGUGUUCUUGAGGACAAGUCAAUGGUGGCUAUUAAGAAUCUGCUCAACAACAAAGGACAAGCUGAGAGAGAGUUCAAAGUCGAAGUUGAAGCUAUUGGAAGAGUGAGGCACAAGAACCUGGUGAGGUUGCUUGGUUAUUGCGUUGAAGGAGCUCAUAGGAUGUUAGUUUACGAAUAUGUUGAUAAUGGGAAUUUAGAACAGUGGCUUCAUGGUGGUGGUUUGGGAUUUAAGAGUCCUCUUACUUGGGAGAUUAGAAUGAACAUUGUUCUUGGAACAGCUAAAGGGUUGAUGUAUUUACACGAAGGUCUAGAGCCUAAGGUUGUUCACCGCGAUAUCAAAUCUAGUAAUAUCUUGCUUGACAAGCAAUGGAACUCGAAAGUUUCAGACUUUGGGCUAGCUAAGCUCUUGGGUUCAGAGAUGAGCUAUGUGACUACUCGUGUGAUGGGUACGUUUGGGUAUGUGGCUCCUGAAUACGCGAGUACAGGGAUGUUGAAUGAGAGAAGCGAUAUUUAUAGCUUUGGUGUUUUGGUUAUGGAGAUCAUUUCGGGGAGGAGUCCUGUGGAUUAUAGCAGGGCUCCGGGAGAAGUGAAUCUUGUGGAAUGGUUGAAGAGAAUGGUGACGAAUCGAGAUGCGGAAGGGGUUUUGGAUCCGAGGAUGGUUGAGAGACCGUCCUUAAGGUCAUUAAAGCGUACCCUUUUGGUAGCUUUGAGAUGUGUUGAUCCUAAUGCUCAGAAGAGACCAAAGAUGGGUCAUAUCAUUCACAUGCUUGAAGCUGAGGACUUGGUCUCUAGAGAUGAUCGGAGAAACUCCGGAGGAGGAGCAGGAGGAGGAAUAGAACCGGGAAAGUCACCACGGAGGAAGACAGAUGUGAAUGAAUCAGCGGAUGAGAGUUGUAAUUCAGUUCUGAUCAACAAUGACCAAUUAGCUUUGGAGAAGGAGAAUGAGAAUCAGUAAUUUUGUUAACUAUUUUUAGAAGUUUUGUGUGUUAUGUGUGUAGAUUUUUGGAAAUUUGCAAUAAUUCAAAAAAAAAAAAUUAUAUGGUUUUUUUUUCUUUUCUUUAGAUUCAGUCUAUUGUAAUGUAUAGCCUAAAGAGUUAAAUAGUGUGUUGUGUUAUAUUGGAUGUUAAGGGUUUUUAUUCACUACAAGAAUAUUGAGUUUCAAUAUU